AAAAUGACCACCCUGCCUCCCCUUCAGAUGACGCGCCCAAGGCUUAUGUCCAUAGCCAGCACAAAGCUGCCAUGUUCCAACAAGGUUCGAACCAUGCCAAGGUCCCAAUUGAUCAAAGAGAAAGAUGACAUAGAUAAUUAUCUGGAAAUGAAUUUCAAAGGAUUGUCAAAAGAGGAGGUUGCUGUUUACAGGAACUCGUACAAGAAGAACAUCUGUGUAGACUUGCUGAGGGACGGUUACCUGAACUCCUUCAUUGAGCUCUUUGCUCUCAUUGAGAAAUGGGAGAAGAUGAGGCAAGUGGCCAGAGAGAAGGAGACCUUAUGGCUGCAGAGGCCCCUGGAGGAGCAGCCAGACAAGCUGGAUCGUCUCUACUACCACCUGACCAAAGCUGAGGAGGCAAAGAGGAAAAACUCCCUUGAAGAGGUCUAUAACAACCUGUACGCACUAGCCUGUUACUUCAAUAAUAAUGAAGACAAGUGGGUCAGGAAUCACUUCUUUGAACGGUGUUUUGAGGUGGCUAAAGGAAUCCGACUCGAUGGCGGGAGGAAGGAGGCCGAAGCACACAGAAAUAUGGGUUUUCUCUACGAGGAAGACGGACAGCUUCAUGAUGCUACCGAGCACUACGAAGCCUUCCAUCACCUGACCCAGGGACGGCUCUGGAAGGACGAGUCUGGUCGCCUGCUCUACUUGUUGGCCUGCGAGAGUCUCUUGAGGACCCUCCGCUUACUCGCUGACAAAAUGCUGGAAAAUAAAGACUACAAACAGGCCAUCAAAGUCCUAAUAAAAGCUUCUGAAAUCGCCAAAGACGGGAAUGAAAAGAAGAUGGAAGGACAAGCUUCCCAUUACUUGGGCUUAGCACACUUAGCUGCUGGAGAGUAUGAUACUGCGCUAACGGCCCUGAACAAUUUCUGUAGAAUCUCAGCAGAUCUCCAAGAUAAUCUCAGUCAGAGCAAAGCCUAUGAAGCCAUAGCCAAGGUCCUGCAGUGCCAAGGAAAGAUGGCAGAGGCAAUUAAAUACUUGAAAAGGUUGUUGAAAAUUGCAAGAAGCCAUUUCCAAAAUCUUGAUAUCGUGAAAGCAAGCACCAUGCUUGGGGACAUCUACAAUGAAAAUGGAAACUACAGAAAAGCUACUGAAUAUUUUCAGCAAGCAUUUAAUACAACAGCACAGCUAACAAGUAUUGCUAUGAUGGAUGAAACCAAAGUUCAUUAUGGAAUAGCCAGAGCUCAUAAGAUGAUGCUGAGUGUUAACCAUUACAUCGAAACUGCAGAUCACAAUAGUUUGGAAAGCCUACUUUCCUGGAAAGAGAAUAGAAGUGAUAUUGCGGCAAAUUUUGGUAAGUUAAGACCCACAGUGGAAGAAAGUUCAUCUCAGAGCCUAGAGAAACUGGAGGAACUCAGUAGAGAGUCAGAUGAUCAAAAUGAAGAGACUUAAAUCAGUUUUUGAUUCAACUACAAUGCAAGAAGUGUA